UUGAAGACCAGUUAGCCUCGAAAGUUAUUUCCAAACACCAGUUCACUCAAAAUUCGUCAACUUCUGAGCUGAGAAAUAAAUUCCGAAUUGCAAUCAUUAAACUUCGGCUAAAUAACAGAUAAAAGUAUACAAAAUGGAGGAGUUAAGUGUUUUGGGCUUUACGGUCAACAUUGUGUUGACGCUCUGUGCCGCCGUCUUGGGUUAUUUGUACGCCUAUUACCAUCAGUGGAGUGAUAGGAGGAAUCAACUGACUGUUUCAAAAAGUCUUGCUGCCGAACUGCCUGAUUUGCCACCAAUCAAAUUGACCCUGGAUCAAUUGUUGAGAUUCGAUGGGACUCGAAGUGAUGGCAGAAUACUGGUGGCGCUCAAGGGAAAGAUCUACGAUGUAUCCAGUGAUUUCGCGGAAUUCGGCUUAAAGGGAACCCUAUCUCAUGUAGCUGGCAGGGAUUUUUCGAAUUAUCUCGAGUCGAUAAUGGACGCGCAUAAAUCAGAGAUCAACUAUGUGGAUCGUUGGGAAGCCAUACUGGUAACGAAUUACUCAUGCGUCGGUAUUGUCAUCGAUGAGCUGGGCAAUCCUCUUGUGGAAAAAAUUGAGAAUCAUAUUGCUGAUGUAGUCGAGGAAACUCAGGAAGACUUUGUGGAGCCAAUCACAGCAAAUGAGAAGUCAGUGAAGACACUAAACGAAGUUCUAACUGCCGAAACAUUGCCAUCGGAUAUCAAAUCAGAGAAAUCUUUAGAAGAAAACAAUUCCGAAAUCCGUAUCAGUGAGGAAGUUUCCGAAUGUUAGAUAUUAAAAUUGAUAUUUAGAUUUGAGGCCUAUUUUUGUAAGAUGCUGAUUAGCUAGAAAAUUUAAACACUUAAGUAGUAUGCAGAGAUGAUGAACAUGCAAUCAUUUUAUAAGUAAAUCGCACUAACGCUGUUCCAAUAAAUAUAUAAUUAGCA